UUGAGUGGAGCACCUUACAGGAUUGGAACCUGAACUGUGAAUGUGCUUUGUUGUUGUUGAUAAAUUCUCAAAAAGUGUAAAAAAUGGAUCUGGCCAACCACGGACUUAUACUGCUACAGCAGCUAAAUGCACAGAGGGAGUUUGGUUUCCUGUGUGACUGCACGGUUGCUAUUGGUGAUGUCUACUUCAAGGCGCACAAAUCUGUCCUUGCUUCUUUCUCCAACUACUUUAAGAUGUUGUUUGUUCAUCAGACCAGUGAAUGUGUCCGUUUGAAAGCAACUGACAUACAACCAGAUAUCUUCAGCUAUCUCUUGCAUUUGAUGUAUACUGGGAAGAUGGCACCUCAGCUCAUUGACCCAGUUCGAUUAGAACAGGGAAUAAAGUUUCUGCACGCAUAUCCACUGAUUCAAGAGGCCAGCCUUGCCAGUCAGGGUACCUUUUCUCAUCCAGAUCAAGUUUUUCCAUUAGCCUCUUCUUUAUAUGGCAUUCAAAUUGCAGAUCACCAGACAAGACAUCCCACUAAAGUUACCUCAGCAACGGACAAACUUGGGCGAGAAUCAAGGCCACAGCCUUCCAGGAUGAGCCAAGAACCAGUGUCUGAGGGCUCACAGCUCUCACAGUUGGCUUCAAGUCUGCCACAAGUGACCCGGACAAAUAUGACCACUUCUGACCCUUUGCAGUCUUCACUGUCUCCAGAACUGGUUUCCACUGCAGGUAAUAGUUCUCCUCCAGAGGAGGAAGCCAACAUGGAAGCAUCUUCUUCAGAUGAACAGCCUGCUUCACUCACAAUAGCACAUGUCAAGCCAAGUAUUAUGAAAAGGAAUGGAAGCUUCCCAAAAUACUAUGCCUGCCACCUCUGUGGUCGUCGGUUCAAUCUGCGAAGCAGUUUGCGUGAGCACCUCCAGAUCCACACAGGAGUACCCUUCACAUCAAGCCAACAGGGAGAAAGUAGCAUUUCCCUGUCUCUUUGUAAUAAUGCAGCUGAAAAAGAUGCCAUGGAAGUGCCUGAAGCGGGAAUGAUUAGUGACAGUGAGCUGCAACAGAUCUCAGAUUCCCCAAUAAUUGAUGGACAGCAGCAGGCAGAAACACCACCACCAUCAGACAUUGCAGACAUAGACAACUUGGAGCAGGCAGAUCAAGAAAGAGAAGUUAAAAGACGGAAAUAUGAAUGUUCCAUCUGUGGACGCAAAUUUAUUCAAAAAAGCCACUGGAGGGAGCAUAUGUACAUACAUACUGGCAAACCUUUCAAGUGCAGCACUUGCGACAAAAGCUUCUGCAGGGCCAACCAAGCAGCCAGACAUGUGUGCCUAAAUCAGAGCAUGGAUACAUAUACUAUGGUGGACAAACAGACUCUGGAACUGUGUACAUUUGAGGAAGGCAGUCAAAUGGACAACAUGUUAGUACAGACCAACAAGCCCUACAAAUGUAACUUGUGUGACAAAACAUUUUCAACUCCCAAUGAAGUGGUCAAACAUUCGUGCCAAAAUCAAAACUCUGUCUUUGCUCUAGAAGAAGAUAGAUCCAUUCUGCUAGGUAGUGAGGACACAGAAGCUACAGAGACUGAUAACUCAGUGUUAACCUCCAUCAAAAAGGAGCAGGAAGCAGUGUUGUUAGACUGAAGGUGAAACCUAUCAAUUUUUUAAAGUUCAGUCAUUUGUAUCAAACUAAUACUCCCCCUGCAACCAGAACUACACUGGCACGAUAAAAAAAUUUGAUCUUGCCCCUCCCACAAAUAAAUAAAUAAAAGGCCUUUGCCUCAAGCCACAACAUAAUUGAUUUUAAUACAAAGGAAAGUGUGUAGAGGGAAUUCAGCUAACUUUGUCAAUAGUACUAGUAAACUCAAAUUUAAAUAGAUUUUAAACAGAUUUUAGAUUAUUUAAAUGCAUACUUAGAUGCAAUGAAGUGUGUAAUGAGAAAUAAAAUACCAUUUUGGUAAACGAAGAAUAUAUAUAUAUUUAAUUAUAAUUAUUUUCUCUGGUAACAAGUCUUCCUUUUGAGAAGAAAUAGCAGAUGAUGCAGCGUGCUUUCUAGAGCUACAUGUACAAACUCUGUAAGAUAACUAAAAAAGGCUUAAAACUUUUCACAGUGAACCCAGGAAACUUUGUUUUUAGCCUUUAGUUUUUCCUCAAGUAUUCCCUGGGGUAUGUAUUUCAGGUAUCAUCACUGACAUUAUGUCCAUUCAAGAAAAUUUAGUUACUUAGUCAACUUUGACUAAAGUAGCAGUAAUAAUGAUGUGAUGGCAAUCUUUUUAUAUGUAUAUAUAGAAAGCGUGUGUGUUUGUGUGUUUGGUAUAUACAGGUAAAUGAAUGCACACACCCUAUCUAACAAUUGGUCAUCUGCUUUCAAGUUCAACCAAAAAGGUCCAUAAAUUUUAGUUAUUUGACAGAUAAGCCAUUUUACACAACCCUUAUUUUUAAAUUAAAUUUAAACUGCCCCAGGAUGUGUGCAUUUUUAUUAUCGUGUUUGAAUGGAAAUUAAUAUAAUUAGUGCUGUCACCCAAGACAUGGAGGAAACUAGAGAACAGAGAAAUUGCAUACUAGCGAGCACUGUGCAGUUAUCAGUGCUGCAUUCACAUGUGCUGUAGCAAUAGAUCCGAGUCAUUCCGGAUAUGAGGGGAGAGGGGAGACUUGAUCACCUUAUUCACACAAGUAGUCUCAGACUUCAGUGGGUCUAAUUGCAUGAGUUAAGGUGAAAAAGAUUUGGCCCUUUGUUUAAUAUAGUCCCCUUCUAGCAGCGGACAGAGGGAAAGGUGGCUAUGGAUCAUGGUUGUUUUAAAAGUGAAGCUGCAGUGCUGGCCAGUGAAUUCUAUUGUUUAAGGGAUUCCCAUUACUUUAGACUCCAAGGCAAAGUAUGCAAACGCUGGGAGGGCAAAUACCAUAGCAUUAGCUAUUGCUCAGGAUAGCACUGCAUCUUUGUAUUUAAAAUCAAGUUGCUGAUUUUUAUAUUUAAUUUUUUAUAGAUGCCUGGAUUUUUUGCCAGUAGCCUAAAAACUAAGCUGACAGCAGUAAGGAAGCCCACUGAUCACUCAUUGGGCCAAUAGGAAAGCUUAUGUAGGCAGAGUAAGUGCCCCACCAUAAAUGGAGGCAGUGGGGGGAGAGGGGGGAAAGGGCAAGGCACAAACCAUAGCUCUGCUCUGUGUAUAUGUUUAAACUGAGUAUCAUCCUAUUUUGUGUAUAGUUAAGUUCUCAGAUUUGUAAGUUUUUAUACAUCAUUUCAUUGAAUAAAAAUUGAAUUAAAUGGAAUGUGA